AUGAACGAAUUAAAUUUGUUCUCAUCUAUCUAUCUAUCUAUCUAUCUAUCUAUCUAUCUAUCUAUCUAUCUAUCCCGAAAUUUGAUAUUUUCUAUCUGUUUCUCUGUCUCUGUCUCUCGCUUUCUCUCUUUCUCUCUCUCCCUCUCUCUCUCUCUUUCUCUAUCUAUCUAUCUAAAAAGUUCAACCUCUUCUCCCCCACCAUCCCUGGUUGGCAAUCCCCAUCAUCCCCUGGUUCCAAUCCAUCUUCUCCCACCAUCCCUGGUUGGCAAUCCAUCAAGUCCAACCUCUUCUCCCAUCAUCCCUGGUUGGCAAUACAUCAAGAAGAAAGUUCAACCUCUUCUCCCACCAUCCCAGGUUGACAAUCCAUCAAGAAGAAAGUUCAACCUCUUCUCCCACCAUCCCUGGUUGGCAAUCCAUCUAGAAGAAAGUUCAACCUCUUCUCCCACCAUCCCUGAUUGGCAAUCCAUCAAGUUCCACCUCUUCUCCCACCAUCCCUGGUUGGCAAUCCAUCAAGAAGAAAGUUCAACCUCUUCUCCCACCAUCCCUGGUUGGCAAUCCAUCAAGUUCCCAUCACCUCUUCCCCACCAUCCCUGGUUGGCAAUCCAUCAAGAAGAAAGUUCAACCUCUUCUCCCACCAUCCCUGGUUGGCAAUCCAUCUAG